CGCGUACGAUUUACAUGCAGUAAAUCAUCUAUGCGGAGUUCCAUUCGUCCCUUAUAACUGCUGUUCAUCUCAUCGACAUUAACUUCCAAACCCACCUGCGGAUAGUUCCUGAUGGCUAAACAGAAACCUCUGUUGGUUUUGACAAUCCUCAUCUCCACUUGCUUAUUCGCUCUUUGCUGGGGGUUCAUGAUUAUAGUUUGGCGUCUCAAAUAUGUGAUUCUCCCCGAUCAUGUCGUCGACCUCAUUACAAGACAUCCUACUGAACUCACCCUCAUAUCCACUGUGAUAUCCACGAUUUUGUCAGUAACCAGCACAGCUCUUUUAUCAUUCGCUGUCAGAAAGGCAAUCAACCAUUAUAUUACUCAUCCAAUAUCACUGGUCGAACUUCAUACUGCAAUAGCUCUCACUAAACCACAACCCCUUCUUCGAUGGAAUCAUUACAAACUCUCACUUUUCACGUUGGUUUUUGUCUGUUUGGUUACAUUACUCAAUUCAAGGUUUGAAAUUAUGCUCAUGAGCGCUAUGACUGACACAUACCCUGUCGCAGCUGGACGACAUUAAUAUUGCCGACACUGCUAUUGUGGCCUGUACCGAUCAAUGGCAUAGAUCUGGACCUCGCAAGCAGUGCCUUUGACACGAAACUAGGUUCUGAUG